AUGGAUGUGUCUGUAGACGCCAACAUUCUCGAACAGCUCAAUACCAAUGAGACUAAAGCCCUCCAUGAUAUAAGCGACAGUCUGAGUGCUUGCGGAGUCGGCCGUAUCGUCAACCUUCCGCAAAUCAUCGUCGUUGGGGAUCAAUCCGCUGGAAAGUCGUCCGUUCUUGAGGCUAUUUCUCAUGUUCGCUUUCCGGUUCAAGGGAAUCUUUGCACGAGGUUUGCGACUGAGCUCAUUUUCCGGCGAGCUAAUGAGACUCGAAUCGAUGUGAGUGUCAGAUUUGAAGACAGAUCCAAACCAGCAAAGAGAUUCCAGAGAACUGGGUUUUGUGAGGAUGACUUGGGCGACAUCAUCACGGAAGCCAAAGAGUGCAUGGGCUUUGGCAAGGCCGGGAUGGAGUUCUCCAAGGACGUGCUUCGUCUGGAGAUUGAAGGGCCGAAGAUGUACCCACUGAGUCUCGUUGACCUUCCAGGAUUCUUCCAGGUUGCUACCGAAAACCAGUCAAUUAGUGGUAAAGAAACGGUCGACCAACUUGUUGAGAGCUACAUGCGACAGAAGAACAGUAUUAUUCUUGUGGUUAUCACAGCGAAUAACAACCUUGCCAAUCACUUAGCCCUUCAGAAAGCUAAGAACAUCGAUCCGGAACGACGCCGAACCAUCGGUGUCAUUACGAAGCCUGAUUUGACUCGCCCUGGGUAUGAUGCUGAGAAGGAAUACAUCAAGCUGGCCAAGAAUCAGGAAGCUGCGCAUAAGCUGCAGCUUGGGUGGCAUGUCCUUCGAAACAGAGCCGAGGAUGAGGACAGCUUGGAAGGUCGAGACAAGGUCGAAGAUGCGUUCUUCAAGACGGGUGCUUGGGCAACUAUUCCUUCUGAGAAUCGUGGCAUUGUGAGUUUGCGAAAGAAGCUCAGUCAUGUGCUCUAUAGUCACAUUCGCAACAGUCUGCCUGGAGUCAUUACAGACAUCGAAACGACGCUUAGAGAACGGCAAGAGGAACUCGAUCGUUUGGGAAAGUCUCGAUCCACUCAGGAGGACCUUAGGUCUUUUCUGCUUGCCAUUGCCAGUGACUUUCAGCGGCUCGCCAGAGAUGGCAUAUACGGCCGAUACAAUGAUGAGUUUUUCGGUGGCUUACAGGACGAUCAACGAAAGUUGCGAGCACAGCUGCGGAACUUCAGUCGAGCUUUUGAUCAUAUCCUUCAAACUAAGGGCUCGACCCAUGUCACCGUCUCAGAUGAUGAAAGUGAUUCGGAGGACGAUGAAAUUCCCGUGUAUCUCGAGGAGUUUCUGGAACGUUACCCUUACAACCCUCCCCAGCCGAAGAAAAUCACGAGAAGCGAGCUCGCUGAGCAACUCGAGAAACAAGCCGCUGCCAACCAAGGACUCGAGUUUCCAGGAACUCCUAACAAGGACCUUGCCAUGCAGCUCUUUAAGCAAGAAGCAGCUCCGUGGAGAGGUAUUGCCGAGUCACAUGUCAAGCUGGUAACGACGGUUGCAAAGGCUUUUGUUGAUCAGGUUUUUGAGCAUGUUGUUGGAUCCCCACGGACAAAUCGAACUACUGAGGCGAUCUUGUCAACCUGCGUGGACCCAUUCUUUGAUGAAAAGGAAAAGGUGUUUCAGGAAAAGAUCGACGAACUACUGAGACCUUAUGUUCAAGGUUACGCACUUCCUCUUGACUUGUUGUUCUAUGACAUGCUGUCGAAAUCGUCGGAUCAGAAGCUGGAGAGACGUGUCUCUGCUGUUCUGCAAGAGAAGUACCCUCAUUUAUAUGAGAGCAACACAGCAAAGACAGGAGAUACGAGUAAGAGAGUUGACUCUAAAUCAAUUGCUCAAGACAUCAAUGAGGAAGAUGACCUUGAAGAUAGUGAGUUUGGGAUCAGCAAGGUCAUAGACACGAUGUUGACAUAUUAUAUGAUGUCUCUGCGUACCUUCACCGAUAAUGUCAUCAACCUGGCAGUUGAAAGUUGCCUUGUGUAUGAUAUACCAGAUAUCCUCACACCCACAAAGGUAGAUCGAAUGAGUAAGGAAAGACUUGAGGAGUUGGCUGGAGAGUCGGAUGAUACAUCGUCUCGAAGAAAGAGCCUGCAGGAGGAGGUCGAGAUCCUCAGACAGGUUUUGGCCCAAUGCCGGCGAUAUAAGCCAAGAGCAGUAACACCGUUGCCUUCUGCUGCAAAUGAGCCUCAAGGCAAUGCCCCGACUACAUCUAACAAAGUUCCUUCGGAAAACGGCAAGAAGACGAGCCCCCCAAGCGUUAUCAACGCUCCUAAAGCUCAGUUCAAUGGCUGGACGGCAAUCCCCGACUUGCCCAAGGCUGAGGAUCCUUCCAAGUUCUUGAAUACUCCGGCAAAACCAUCGAGCCCAGCGCCAUCAGUAGCAAAGCCUUUCCCAACCUUCGGAGGCGGCUCUGGGCUAUUUGGCUCCGGAGUCGCGCCUCCAAUCCAAUUUCAGUGGAAUCCCUCCAACGACACCAAGAAGUAG